UCGAGCCCGCGCCGUAUCCAGGAUUGGCAAGAGCGUCCUUCUCGCACCACAUCCGUCGCCCGGCGACAGCCAAAUCUCCCUUGUAAUAAACCACAGUGCAUGAGAGCUGGUACCUUGCAAGAUGGAUGACCUCUUCGCCGUCUUUGAGGAGCAGCCCCGCGCUCCGAAGCGCAAGGCCGAUGAAAACGUGCAAAUGGCCGACGGCCCCGACAAUGGCCAACAAGCUACAAUCAAAGAUGAAGAGAUGACUGCUCCGGACGACCAUGCAAACGGCGAAUCCGAUGCCCAAGCGCAAAGCGACAGCAAAAGGCGGAAGGUGGAAGAGGAGGCCGAAACCAUCAUCACCGACACAUUCGAGACCGCCGAGUCCCGAGAAGUAACUGCUGCACAGGGCUUCGCUCCUUCGACAGGCGAAGGUUCGCUCGUCCUGUCGCACAAUAUCCAACAUCAAGUCGCGUUGCCACCAGACCUCGACUAUGAAUACAUCCCUCUUUCAGAACACAAACCACCUGCAGAACCUGCGAGGACAUAUCCCUUCAGGCUCGACCCAUUCCAAGCCCUGUCUGUUGCCUCAAUUGAGCGCGAGGAGAGUGUGCUCGUCUCGGCACACACCAGCGCCGGCAAGACAGUCGUUGCCGAGUAUGCGAUUGCUCAGUGUCUAAAACGGAACCAAAGAGUCAUUUACACGAGUCCGAUAAAGGCCCUCAGCAACCAGAAGUACCGCGAUUUUGGUGAGAUCUUUGGCGACGUCGGCUUGAUGACCGGCGAUGUCACCAUCAACCCUACGGCAAGCUGCUUGGUCAUGACAACCGAGAUUCUGCGAUCCAUGCUGUACCGUGGCUCCGAGAUUAUGCGCGAGGUUGCUUGGGUCAUCUUCGACGAGAUCCACUAUAUGCGAGACAAGACGAGAGGUGUCGUCUGGGAGGAAACCAUUAUCCUGCUUCCGGACAAGGUCCGAUAUGUCUUUCUCUCGGCCACUAUCCCCAAUGCCUUCCAGUUCGCCGAAUGGAUCGCCAAGAUCCACCGCCAGGCCUGCCAUGUCGUCUACACCGAUUUCCGGCCAACUCCGCUGCAAAACUACUUCUUCCCGGCCGGUGGAAGUGGCAUCUACCUGAUCGUGGAUGAGAAAGGCAAUUUCAAGGAGCACAACUUCAACGAGGCCAUGACUGCCAUCGAAAGCAAGAAGGGGGCUGACCCUGCCGACUGGAGCACGAAGCAGAAGGGCAGGGGGAAGAACAAGAAGACCGACAAGGGAGGCGAGGCGACAAACGAAAAGUCCGACAUCGCCAAGGUCAUCAGGAUGAUUAUCAAGCGAAAUUUCCAACCUGUGAUUGUCUUUAAUUUCAGCAAGCGCGAGUGCGAGCAGCUGGCUCUACAGACCUCGCAAAUGAAGUUCAAUGCACCAGACGAGGAGGAGAUGGUCAACAAGGUGUUCGAAAACGCGCUGAAUCAGCUGUCUGAGGAAGAUAAGGGCCUCCCCCAGAUCUCAAACAUUCUGCCCCUGCUGCGGAAGGGCAUCGGUGUCCAUCAUUCAGGACUGCUGCCGAUCCUAAAAGAGACGAUCGAGAUUCUGUUCCAAGAAGGCUUGAUCAAGGUUCUGUUUGCGACCGAGACUUUCUCCAUCGGUCUCAACAUGCCUGCAAGGACAGUUGUCUUCACCAAGGUGACAAAGUGGGACGGCGUGCAACGACGGCCGCUAACCUCGUCCGAGUACAUCCAGAUGGCAGGGAGAGCCGGCCGUCGUGGUCUCGAUGAUCGCGGUAUCGUGAUCAUGAUGGUCGACGAGACCCUUGAACCCGAUGUUGCGAGGGCCGUCGUCGUCGGGCACCAAGACCGGCUGAAUUCCGCCUUCCAUCUCGGCUACAAUAUGAUUCUAAACCUCCUCCGCAUUGAGGCGAUCUCGCCCGAAUUCAUGCUCGAGCGCUGCUUCUUCCAAUUCCAGAACGCUGCCAGCGUGCCGCAGCUCGAGCGGGAACUGGCGAGCCUGCAGCAGGAGCGCGACAACAUGAUCAUCCCCGACGAGAGCACCGUCAAAGAUUAUCACAGCAUUCGCCAGCAACUCGACGGCUACCAGAAGGAUAUGAUUACCGUCAUGCAGCACCCAACUUACUGCAUCAAUUUCAUGACUCCAGGUCGUGUUGUGCAGAUUGCAACGCCGAACGGGACUGACUACGGCUGGGGUGUCGUCGUUGAAUUUGUCGAGCGCAAGCCCCCUAAGAACGGGAAGGCCGAUUACCCGGCGCAAGAAUCCUACUUCAUCGACGUCCUGCUCAAAAUCUCCUCAAACAGCCCAGAAGUGAACUCGGAGGCUAAGGGAGACCUUGCAGUGCCCGAAGGCAUCCUGCCGGCGAAGCCCGGCGAUCCGGGGAGGUGGGAGGUUGUACCGUGCCUUCUGUCCUGCAUGAAGGCGCUCGGCCAGAUCAGGCUCAAGGCGCCCAAGAAGAAGGAUCUCACCAAGCAGGAACUGCGGGACAGAUUCGGCAAAAUGCUUGAGGAAGCCAAGCGGCGGUUCCCCGAUGGCUUCCCGUUGGUCGACCCGCUCGAAAACAUGGGCAUCACGGACGACUCGUUCAAGAAGCUGCUCCGCAAGAUCGAGGUGCUCGAAUCGCGCCUCCUCGCCAGCCCGCUGCACCACUCGCCGCUCCUCGAGGAGCUGUGGCAGAAGUACGAGGCCAAGCUCGCGCUCAAGGACAAGAUCAAGGAGAAGAAGCGGGCCAUCAUGAAGGCGCACAGCAUCGCGCAACUAGACGAGCUCAAGUCGCGCAAGCGCGUCCUCCGCCGGUUGGGCUUCAUCAACGAGGCCGAGGUGGUGCAGAUGAAGGCGCGCGUGGCGUGCGAGAUCUCGUCGACCGAGGGCCACGAGCUGCUGCUGGCCGAGCUGCUCUUCAACCGCUUCUUCAACGAGCUGACGCCCGAGCUGUGCGCGUCGGUGCUCAGCGUCUUCAUCUUCGACGAGAAGGUCGAGACGCAGGCGCUCAAGGAGGAGCUCGCCAAGCCGUUCCGCGAGAUCCAGGCGCAGGCGCGCAUCAUCGCCAAGGUCAGCGCCGAGAGCAAGCUCGAGGUCAAUGAGGACGAGUACGUGCAGAGCCUGAAGUGGCAGCUGAUGGAGACGGUGCUGCAGUGGGCGAACGGGCGGCCGUUUGCCGAGAUUUGUAAAAUGACCAACGCAUACGAGGGCUCGCUGAUCCGUUUGUUCCGCCGGCUGGAAGAGCUGCUCCGGCAGAUGGCCGAGGCGGCCAAGGUCAUGGGCAGCGAGGAGCUCAAGGACAAGUUCGAGCUGAGCCUGGCCAAGAUCCGCCGCGACAUUGUCUCGUUCAACAGUCUAUAUCUCUGAUCUGAGACAGGGCGAGGGGAACGAACUGCUUGUAUGGGUCGUUUGUUGUGUUGGGUUGCAUUGCAUGGUGCUUUUACCGUCUGGCGUUUUUUUGGGUGGUUGGGAAAAGAAUACCAUGACUAUACUAGGUAAUUCG